AUGUCGUUGAAAACACUUAAUAUCUCUAACUCAGACGAUGUGAUGUUAUUAGCUCGUAUCGCUGAGCAGUCUGAGCAGUAUGAUGAUAUGAUAGACAUUUUAAAACCCUUUUUCGAGAAAAAAGAAGGAGAUCUUAGUACAGAAGAGCGCAAUAUACUAUGCUUAGCCUAUAAAAAUGCAGUUGGCAUGAGAAGAAUCGCUUGGAGAGCAGCCGCUGCUGUUACUAAAAUUCCAAAAUACAAAGAUUACUCGAAGGACACUCUAUCUUAUCAGAAGAGAUUAGAAGAAGAGGUUGUCAAUCUUUGCAAAGACAUGCUAAAAUUAGCGAAAUCGCUAUAAGCAAGAGCUAAAAAAGAUAACAAUGUUGAAAGUCAAAUUUUCUAUAGCAAAUUGCAAGGAGACUAUUUCAGGUAUGUUGCAGAAGUUGGUGACGGGGAAAGACUAGAAAAAGCAACUUAAAUGGCAUUAGAUAGCUAUAAUAAAGGCAUAGAAUUAGCUGAGUAGCUUUCACCCGCUGACCCCACAAGGUUAUCAUUACUUUUGAACUAUUCAGUUUUUUGCUACGAGAAUGUUGGGUAAAAAGAGCAAGCAAUAGAAAUCGCAAACUAAGCGUUUGAAGAUGCAAACUCAGAUUUAGAUCAAGUAGACAAAGCUAAGGCUCAAGAAUCUGCAACUAUACUUGAGUUUAUAAAGGAAAACCUAGGUCAGUGGAAAUAAAAACUAAAGGAGGGUAAGAGUGGUACUAAAAACUUAUUCAGUUAACAGGAUUCUGAAGCUUAAUUUAUAAAUCAAGAUGACUAUGAUGAUGAUGACUAUUGA